UAUUUUUUAAAAGCUUUGUUUCAUUUUAUCGAGGGUCAUAUGGCACUAUAAAAACCGAAACAAUUGUUCAACACAAUCACUACAAAGAAGAGAGAAAUCCAAGGCUACUGAGUCUAGUUUAUUGCAGUUACUACACCACCUUACCCUCUCAUACAGUCUCAAAAAUGAAUAGCCAGUAUCUCAUCACCCUUUCUUUUGUGUUAUUAACUUUGGUUUUACCCCUAUCAUCAGCAACGAACUCAUUUGAGUCGUAUGACACAAAAAAGUUUCCAGCUUUGUAUGUUUUUGGUGAUUCCCUGAUUGAUUGUGGGAACAACAAUCAUCUUCCAAGCGGUGGAGCAGAUUAUCUUCCUUAUGGUAUAGAUUUUAUGGGUGGCAACAAACCUACCGGUCGUGCCACUAAUGGAAAAACCGUGGCUGAUUUCCUUGCUAUGCAUCUAGGACUACCCUUUGUCCGUCCCUACUUGGAUCUUACAAAUCAUCAAAGGAACAAAAUCAGCACUGGCAUUAAUUAUGCAUCUGGUGGGUCUGGCAUUCUUCCAGACACCAACAACGUCACGUCUUUGACACUUGACAAGCAAAUUAAGUUCUUCCAUAGUACUGUUAAGCAUAAUUUGCAUAAGGUGUUCAAAGAGAAAGAAGAAAUUGAGAUGCAUUUAUCUGAAUCCUUGUUUUUUGUCUCUACGGGGGUGAACGAUUACUUCCAUAAUGGAACCUUCCGCGGCAACAAAAACCUUGCUUUGUUCCUGCUAAAUGAAUUCACCCUACGCAUCCAGAGAAUAUAUAAUCUAGGAGCAAGAAAGUUUUUGGUGAACAACAUUCCCCCAGCAGGUUGCUUUCCCUCAAAAGCUAUCCGCGCUAGACCAAGAGGAAAAUGUGAUGAGAAAAUAAACAAAGCUAUCAGCUUUUACAAUAGAAGGUUGCCUGAAGUGCUCCAUGAGUUGCAGUCAAAGCUUCCUGGCUUCAGCUUUGUACAUGCAGAUCUCUUUGGGUUCCUUAAGGGGGUGAGGGAAACUGGAAAGAGUUAUGGGAUAGUGGAAACAUGGAAGCCUUGCUGCCCUAACACCAUUUAUGGUGAUCUUAAAUGCCAUCCCAACACUGUUCCUUGUCCAAACAGAGAUACUCAUCUUUUCUGGGAUGAACACCCCACACAAAUUGUAAACCAAAUAUAUGCAUGGCUUUGCUUCAAUGAGGGGACCAUUUGCAAGUCCUGGGGCCUCAAACUAAUCUACCAUGCCUAGUUCUAUAUAUCUUGUGUGAUUGCUUUAUUGUAAUAAAUAGCGAUCAAAAUCCAAGCUAGAGUAAUUGCUGAUUGAAAAUGUAAGGAGUUACUAUACAUGAAAAGCCAUCAUCAAAUUAAUAAAAAGCUUUCAUUUCAAAUCAUAA